CUAGCUCACACUUCCUUUCUUAGUCGGGGCUAUAAACCGAGCAAGGGAACUUCACGUGAAACUGUCUCUUUGCCGGAGGGACGCCUUCCUGUCCACAUAUGAUUACACGCUGGAAGAAGAUGGGUCAGCACUACCUGUGGACCUUGCUCCUUUGCCUGCAAACCUGUCCGGAAGCAGCUGGGAGUGACACAGACAUCCUGCCGGUGACUGGGAUCCUGGGGGAGUCGGUCACUUUCCCCCUAAACAUCCAACAAUCGCAGCAAGUUAUCAACAUCGCUUGGAAUUCUGAGACGUCUGUUGCUUUUGUCACGCCAGGAGACCCAGGAACAGCACCCAAAGUCACUGUGACCCACCAACAUUACAAUGACCGAAUAAAUGUCUCCCGCCAGAACUACAACCUGGAGAUCAGUAAUCUGGGGGUGGAAGAUUCGGGCAUCUACAGGGCUGACAUAAAUCUGAAGAUGGCUGAAACGACGGUCACAACCACCAGGCGCUACAACCUGCAAGUCUAUCGUCGGCUUGGGAAGCCAAAGAUUACUCAGAGUUCAAUGGCAUCUGUCAACAGCACCUGUAAUGUCACACUGACAUGUUCUGUGGAAGAGGAAGAAAGGAAUGUCACAUACAGUUGGAGCCCCUUGGGGGAAGAGGGUAAUGUCGUUCGAAUCUUCCAGACCCCUGACAACCAAGAGCUGACUUACACAUGCACAGCCUGGAACCCUGUCAGCAACAGCUCCGACUCCAUCUUGGCCCGACAGCUCUGUGCAGACGCGGCAGUGGGCCUCCGUCCCCGCCUCACUGGGCUGCUGAGCGGGCUGGCCGUGCUCUUUCUGUUUGUUGUCAUUGUGCCUUCAGUGCUUCUGUGCCUUCUGUGCAAAAGAGGACAAGGUUCCUACCUGAAGACCUCCAGGAAGAACUCUGAUGCCAUCUCUAGGAAAACGAUAUACGCUUACGUCAUGGUCACGAGAGAUGCCCCACCAGCAGAGGGCAGAAUCUAUGAUGAAAUCCCCCAGUCCAAGGAGCGCCCCGCCAAGGAGGAGCCCGUGAACGGGAUUUAUUCCACACUGCAGUCUGAGAAGAUGGGGAAGACCAGCACUCAGGACGGCAAACCUCCUGGGACUUCAACCUAUGAAAAUGUGAUCUAGGCUCCUGGACAGCAUUCACUCUACGGACACUGAGCUUCCCACAUCAUGUGUUCCAGCAGAUGCCCCAGACCCAGACUCCCUCCGUUCGGAUCUUACCUGGAGAUAGCAAACCAUCACCCCAAUACGGGACUUUUCGUGACUGGAGGUGAUGACCCUUCCCAGCAACCCCAUAUGUAGAAAGGAUUGAUGUUUCGCGCACCGCCUGGGACGCCCUGACCACGCUCAGUGACCGGGAGGGGCCCCGGUGCACGGCCUCCACGGUCCACACAGCACCUUGGGCAAAUUAGGCAAAAACCCCCUUUUCCGGAGGCGGAUACAGCCCCUCCCAAGUGUGUGGCUUGACAAGCAGAGGGUGGGCUGCAUUUCAGCCUCCGCUUGCCCCUCUGCCCGGGAACUUUUGUGCAGGGGACAGCUGGCUGGACCAGCCCAACCAACCACAUGUGACGGUGUCGCCUGGGAAGCCAUUGGAGGGGUAGCUCUCCACUGUGCAGACGCACCCUCCAAAUGGAGUGUUGGAAAGUGGUCUUUCUGUAGGGACGAGGUGGUCGGGGCAUAUUUCUUCAGGCUGUACUUCAGAAGCCUCUUCAGCUUUUCUUUCUAGCCAAGCUUUCCACGUGACUGGGCGCUUGAGUGCCCACAUAUUAACAUUAUUCUAGGGGUAUCCACGAGGGUGUUCCUGGAUGAGAUUAACAUUUGGAUUGGUAGACCGAGUAAAGUAGGUUAAUCCCCACUCCAGUACGGGCGCCCAUCACCAAACCCAUCAAGAGCCUGGGUAGAAGAAGAAGGCAGAGGAAAGGAGAAUUCGUUCGCUCUGCCUGACCGUCUUGGAGCUGGGACAUCAGUGCUCCUGCCCUGGGAUUUGGAUUCGGACUGGAGCUUUCACCAUCAGCUCUCCAGCUGGCUGACUGCAGGCCUGGGGAUUUCUCAGUCUUCAUCACCACUCAAGCCAGCUCCUUGUUGUAUAUAUCGCUUUCCUGUUGGUUCCGUUUCUCUGCAGAGCCAGACUAACACCUAUUCCAAGCAGCGUCAGCAAGAAGAGACCAUACCCAGUAUCCUACUGGCCAAAAGGAGUUGACUGGCUAUAUUUCUGGCACUUUAGGAGAACUGAGUACAACCCAACCAUCGAAACGAUCUCCAGUCAAAUUAAUCAUGGCUUUUUAAAACUCCUUUCCCCCCUUGGUCCUCAGUUCUUUCUGCCCCACAGCAUACGUCAUUAUUUGUUUCCCUCCACACUGUAUACGCUUAAGGGCAGGAUCCAUGACGUCAUGACAUUAAAGAGUGACCACGAGAGAUGAGAGUGUCAGUCACUCGUGCAUCCACCGCCCCAAACACCAUGCCUUGGGCCCUGAUGUGAAUAAAUGCGACUGAAU